GAAGACAGUUGCCCUCAGACUUUAAACAAAACAUCAACAUUUUUUUAUCAGUUUACACCAAACUUUGCCGGAUUAAUGUCGUCCAUCGUCGUCUGAUGCUCUGGUAAAGGAUUAGCAUAUGCGGUCUACUAGUGACAUUUAGUUUUAGAUCAAGGCAGCAGCUUCAGAGAGUUUAGAUAAGUAGUAGCCUACAAUGCUAAUAUCCAGUCCAGAAGUAAACGCAUGACAGUGGUGGUGAUGGUGGUGACGCCUGUUUGUUUGUUCCGUUGUUUCAUAACUACCAGGGCGCAUGGAGGAGGAAAGACAACUCCGGACUUUUCACCUGCGCGGUACAGGUGAAUUGUGCAAGAGAUUUUCACCCGGCCAGCUGGUGUACCGUUGGGAAGAGAGGGCCAGUUCUGUGCUCCAGGGUCUGAAUGAGCAGAGGCAGCAUGGGCAGCUGUGCGACGUGGUGCUGGUGGCGGAUGACCAGAGGGUGCCUGCCCAUCGAGCACUGCUGGCUGUCUCCAGUCCAUACUUCCAGGCCAUGUUCACUCUGAGCAUGCGCGAGGCCCACCAGUCGGAGGUGGAGCUAGUGGGCGCGUCCUACGAGGGCCUCAGGGCGCUGGUGGACUUCCUGUACAGCGGAGAGCUCCUAUUGGACGAGAGCAACAUCGAGCGCGUGCUGGAGACCGCCCACCUUCUGCAGGUGUGGCACGCCGUGGACUUCUGCUGCCAAUACCUGGAGACACAGGUGUGCAGUGAGAACUACCUGUACCUCCAGAAGCUGGCGCUGCUCUACAGCCUGGAGCGCCUGGACGCCUUCAUCGACCGCUUCGUGGUGGAGCACUUCUCCUCGCUCGGCGACUCGCCGCACUUCCUGCUGCACACCGGCCCGUCCAAGAUGGCUGCCUACCUCUCGGACGAGCGCCUGCACCGGCACAGCGAGCAAGCCUUGCUCCGCGUCGCCCUCCAGUGGCUGGCCCUGGCCCUGGCGCCCGGUUGGGACGACGACGACCGCACUGAGCGCGCCCGGGACCUGCUGCAGCAUGUGCGCUUCCCGCUCAUGCCCGCGGCCGCGCUGAGCAACUGGGCGCUGCCCGCCGUGCGCUCGCUACUACCCCCGGAGGCCGGCUGCGAGCCACUGCUGGAGGAGGCCCUGAGCUACCAGGCCAGCGUCAGCGCCCAGCCGCUGCUGCAGAGCCCGCGCACGCAGCUGAGGGGCGCCGCUCAGCGCCUCCUGCUGGUCGGGGGGGAGGUGUCGUGGCGCGGGGACGAGCUGAGCGCGGAGGUGUGGCGCUACGAGGACGCGCAGGACGGGGGGGGCGAGUGGGCCAACGAGAGGGAGCAUGAUCGGGAUCAAGGCCGCGAGAGGGAGAGGAAUCGAGAGCCGGAGAGAGGAUCAGGAGGCUGGGAAGUGGAGACCCAGCUGCCUGCGCGGAGGAGCCACCACUGCGUGGCCGUGCUGGGGGGGUUCAUGUUCACGGCGGGGGGCAGCACGGCCAGGGACAACGGGGGCGACACCGCCAGCAGCCUGCUCUACCGCUACGACCCCCGCAGCAGAACCUGGACACAGGGUGCGGACAUGAAAGAGCGGCGUGUGGACUUCUACCUGGGGGCGGUGGGGGACUGUCUCAUCGCGGUCGGGGGGAGGAAUGACGAGGGGGCCCUAUCGUCCGCCGAGGUGUACCACCCUGCAGAGGACUACUGGGAGUUUGUGGCCGACCUGCCCAGGUUGACCUACGGCCAUGCGGGCUGCACUCUGCACGGCCUGGUCUACAUCUCGGGGGGCCACGACAUGCAGGUGGGCCCCUAUCGCCAUGACGUCCUGACCUAUGACCCCCGGGCCGGCGCGCCCCCGGGCGACUCGUGGGCAGAGGGUCCCCCGAUGCUGGUAGCGCGCGGGUGGCACAGCAUGGCGGCGCUGGGCGAUCGAGUAUACGCGCUGGGCGGCAGCAACGACCACCAGGACAGCAGCAUGGAGCGCUUUGAUAUCCUGGAGGUGGAGUGUCUGCAGAGCGGGGGGGGCCGGGGGGGGCAGUGGACGCGCGUUGCCCCCCUCCUGAGGGCCAGCAGCGAGGCGGCCGUGGCCGUGUGGGGGGGCCACAUCUACGUGCUGGGGGGGUACAGCUGGGACACCCUCGCCUUCUCACACACCACACAGGUGUUCACCCCUCCGCGCACGUUCACACACACUGACCCACACACGCACGCUAACGCUAACGCACAGGCGCACGCAGGGGAGGCGCUAGGGCACUGGGCUCGGGGGCUGGACUUGCCCAAGCACAUCGCGGGGGCCACGGCGUGCGUGUGUCCUGUCAUGCCAUUGCUGGGGAGUGGAGUUGACGUGGCGGGGGGGGAGGGGAGAUCAGUGCGGACGGGACAGGGCAGGGGGAGGGGGAGGGGACUCCUCAGGACAGUCAGACAGGUACUGGGCAGGUGACCAGCAGCGCAUCAAGGGAUGGUGUGAAACUAAAGGAAAACUUGGCGCAUCAUAGAUGGCCUUCACUUUCUUUCUUAAUCAGUUAAAAAUUGAUGACCAUCUGUUAUGCUCCAAGUUUUUUUCUUUAUUUCUGUCAAGACGGUCCCUUCCUCACUGAGCUCAUCCGAGAUCAGAAACGCGUGGAAUUACUUCUUUCUGAUGGGGACUAAAGGAUGGCUGUUGACGUGCUGUGUGUGGACUGCCUCGAGCAUUUGCCUUAAACAACAACACCAACUACCUGUAUAUCCUCUGGAGACGGCGUGUUAAAAAUGGAUGGAGGGCCUUUUGUGUUCAAAAUGGAUGGAGGGCGUUUUGGAGGGGAAAUGUGAGAAGACUCACAGAUACAUGUAAAGGGCAGAUGAGGUGACCAAUGACUGAACUCAAUAAUCAUGAUGUGAUGAUGUGUGGUGUGGACUGACUGCGUUUGCCUUAAUCAACAAUAACAACAACAACUACUACUACCUGUGGGGUACUCAAAAAAGGUUUUUUUUUUCAGAGCAGACAGAACAAAUCAGGUUAAGCAAGUGAAACUUGGCCCCCUCGCCAAUGCGUGUGAUGUGCAUGCUGUCACCCGCAGACGACUGAAAACACUGGACAGACAGACAGACAGACAGACAGACAGACAGACAGACAGACAGACAGACAGACAGACAGACAGGAUCAUUGCAAUACCUGUCUCAGCCAUAGGUAACAAGGGCAGUCGGAGAUGGCAACCCCCCCUGGCCAAUGCUUGUGUGUGUGCGUGUGUGUGUGUGCGUGCGUGCGUGCGUGUGUUUUCCCAGGAAUGUAUGACUCAGGCGCCGGAUGCACACUGUGUAUGGACAAACAGAGUCAUUGCAGCACAUGGCCAACACCUCUCCAAGGGAGCAGGUGACUUAGUUAAACUCAUCUCAAGGUAGCAGGUGACUUAGUUAAACUCAUCUCAAGGUAGCAGUAUGUAAAAUGGCUACUUGAAGUCCAUGUUCCCGGGACACCCCCAGCUCAGCCUCCAUAGGUGGCUAUCAGCUAUGUCAGUAUAGAGUGUGGAUGGGGAAUUUGUAAACCUCGGAUGUUCGACCGUUCCUACUGUUCCUAUUGUUGCUAUGGUUCCUAGGUUAAAGUGAUACUGUCCCAUUUUUGGAAAUAAGUACAUUU